UGUUGAAAACUGAGCAAAGAGAUAAAAAUGACCAAAAACAAUAAAAAAGAUGAAAAUGUAAUAAGGUAACAGGAAAACAAUACAAGAAAGAAUCGAAAACUGUUUCUGAAUUAACUAAUUUAUUUGCGAAUCCUAAAGGAUACUUUGGAAUCUUUGAAAAAAGCUUCAACAAAAUGGUGUUGAAUCCUCGGUAUGAAGUGAUAACGCAAAACUAGUUCGAUUACGAACCAGACCAUCAACAUCUUCAUGUCCAUAUCCGGAUGUUCUAUCACACUGAUCAACAAAGGUGCACUCCAAAACCUCAAACAGAAAAAAGGGCCUGUAAAAAAAAACAAUACGACGACCAAACCGGCGAAUUCUAAUUAAACCUUAACUGCGGUGCAGAUAAUAGCAUGCUCGCGUAAUACCUAAACGUAGCUUUCCACUCGAAUCUUACACACUGUGCAGAGUAGAAUACUCUACGAGUACAUACACACACACACUGCGAACGCCCUAUGGGCGGCAACGUGUUGUGCCACGAGAUCUCGAGCUCGACAGCGCCCUAUCGGGAAGCCGUACCGAGUGCCCACUAAUCUAUUAUACGUACGGGGGUGGUAGAAGCAUGGCCAACCGACGCCGGGUUUCGAGCUGAUCGAUCCGAAGGGCUUCAGCAUUCGUUGUUCAUAGCUCGCAGAGGUAACAGGAAUCGUUACCGAUAGUGUAAAAUCUUAUCGUGACUAUGUGUUAUGUAAACCCAUCAACAUUAGCAGUGACCUCCACUACAACUUGGAUGGAUUAUAAACUACAGAUUCUCGAUCCGAAGAACUCACACGCAAACUGCAGUUUAAUUUCAUAGUGUCAAGCUUAAGUCAGUGAGUCAGUGAAUAGUGCAUCGGUACUAGACCAUACCGGUUUGUUAAAGUGUAAGUGUAGUACUGUUCUAAGCUAACGUAACGAAGAAGAACUCUGACCGUCAAAAGUGCACUUGUAGCAGGAAAAAAGUGCAAUUUAUAAGCGUAAGCUUGUUUGAUGUUUCGGUGUAAAACGUUCCCGGGUGUGCGUUGCUAGUUAGUGCCAUAAAUGCGCCGCAAUAACACAAUAGUGGUGAUGAUUAUGAAACUGGCGUUAUUUCAAUAGUGGAAACAGAUUGCGGCAGAUAGGGGACGGAUUUUAUUGCCAGAAGUGAAUUAUUGAGCACGAAUAACUAAUGUGACGUGUUUUGGAGGAUUAUUCAACUAAUUUAGUGCUCCCCAAAAUGGAUGUGUAACUUUGUGAAAAACGUUUAAAAAAUUGAUAAGCUGUAAAACCAAGCACAAUGGGUAUGACCCAACAGCAAAACCUGACCCAUCAGCUCAAGUCGGGAAACGGUGUGUCAAACAGUAGUGGAAUCAAUGCGGCGACGACGGCUAUGAAGCAGCAGCAUAAACCACAUCAGCAGCGCCAGCAGAAACAUACUGUCCACUGGUUUCGGAAAGGACUCCGUUUGCACGAUAAUCCGGCCCUACGGGAGGGCCUGAAAGAUGCCACUACCUUUCGGUGUGUUUUCGUUAUCGAUCCCUGGUUUGCCGGUAGCUCCAACGUCGGUAUUAACAAGUGGAGAUUCCUGCUCCAAUGUUUGGAAGAUCUGGAUCGCAAUCUGCGGAAGCUAAACUCCCGACUGUUUGUGAUCCGUGGUCAGCCGGCCGAUGCGCUUCCAAAGCUGUUCAAAGAAUGGGGAACCACGUGCCUGACAUUCGAGGAGGAUCCGGAACCGUUCGGCAAGGUGCGAGAUCACAACAUCUCGGAAAUGUGCAAGGAGCUUGGCAUCGAAGUCAUCUCAGCCGUCUCUCAUACAUUGUACAAAUUGGAACGAAUAAUCGAGAAAAACGGAGGCCGAGCCCCUCUUACCUAUCACCAGUUUCAGGCAAUAUUUGCCUCAAUGGAUCCACCACCCCAGCCAGAGCAGGCCAUUACGGUGGAUACGAUCGGAAAUGGUUCGACGCCACAGUGCGAUGACCAUGACGAUAAGUAUGGAGUUCCAACGCUGGAAGAGUUGGGUUUCGAGACCGAAGGACUUAAGCCAUCGAUAUGGGUUGGAGGUGAAACGGAAGCUCUCGCCCGACUGGAACGGCAUCUGGAGCGUAAAGCUUGGGUGGCCUCAUUUGGGCGGCCAAAAAUGACACCCCAAUCACUGCUGGCUAGUCAGACAGGGCUAUCACCAUACCUUCGGUUCGGCUGCCUAAGCACAAGGCUAUUCUACUAUCAGCUUACAGAUCUGUAUAAAAAGAUAAAGAAAGCAUGUCCGCCGCUUUCACUGCACGGUCAGCUGCUGUGGCGGGAGUUUUUCUACUGUGCCGCAACAAAGAAUCCUAAUUUCGACAAGAUGGCAGGAAAUCCGAUUUGUGUGCAAAUUCCGUGGGACCGCAAUGCAGAAGCACUAGCGAAAUGGGCCAGUGGGCAAACGGGUUUCCCCUGGAUCGAUGCUAUUAUGACACAGCUGCGUGAGGAGGGUUGGAUCCAUCACCUGGCACGGCACGCGGUUGCCUGCUUUCUGACACGUGGCGAUUUGUGGAUUUCCUGGGAAGAGGGAAUGAAAGUGUUCGAGGAGUUGCUGCUCGAUGCUGACUGGUCGGUGAACGCCGGCAUGUGGAUGUGGUUGUCCUGUUCGUCGUUCUUUCAGCAAUUUUUCCACUGCUACUGUCCGGUGAAGUUCGGCCGGAAGGCGGAUCCGAACGGCGACUACAUACGGCGGUAUCUGCCGGUUUUGAAGAACUUCCCAACACGCUACAUUCAUGAGCCAUGGAAUGCACCGGAAAGCGUGCAGCGUGCGGCCAAGUGCAUAAUCGGUAAAGAUUACCCACUGCCCAUGGUUAAUCACGCGAUCGCCAGCCGGGCUAACAUGGAACGCAUCAAGCAAGUUUAUCAGCAGCUGGCCAAAUAUCGCAUCCCGAGCAGUGGCUUUGAUAACGAGUGCCCCGAAAAGGGUGGAUCCGCAAUAGCCGGUGUAAUGACCGCUGCCAAGAUGCAACAUAUGAACGUUAGUAGCCUGAACGAUAGCCCCAGUCCGACCACUAUAAUGACCAAUGUGAACAGCUCCGGAAACUACAUGUGCCGCAGCAAUCCUUCAGCACAAAGUGAUUCCAAUGCAAAAAUCAUCACCUAUCACCAGAGCAGACCUUCAAUCAGCGGAGAACCGCACCUUCAACAGCAAUCGACAACGCAUACCCAGCAGCGACAACAACAGCAGCACCCACAUCAGCAGCAGCAACAACAACAACAGCAACAGCAUCAACACUCCGCGGGUCAGCAAACUCAGUCCGAUCAAUACAGUAAUCUGCUGUCAACACAACGAGGUUCCGCAUACGUUACGAUCAAACCGGAAAACUCUAACAUGGGAGUCAGUAACGACGAGCUGAUGAAUGCGCAUUUUAACACACUGCAAGAUCAGCUUAACACGAGCAUGAUCCCGUUAGGCACUAGCGCUAAGCUCGAAUCGAACAACAGCUUCGAGUAUGAGCGCAAUCAGGAAAAUUUAUACAGCAACCAGUUCAAAGUGGAAUAUACGGACAAUUUCGAUUCCGGCUACGGUAUGCGCAAUGCAAAUUUCUACAACCGCGAUCGCGAUGACAGCGCAGUAGAUCAUCAUUUUUUACAACAGCAGCAGCAGAACCGUCAAGACCGAGAACACGAUCAAUCGAUUCAACUGAUUAAAAUCUCUCCCGACCACUAUCAAAAACAGCAACCAGAAGAUCAGCAGAUUCUGGCGCCCAAAAUGCAGCAAUUUGGCGAUAACCACUAUGAUUCAUCAAUGCCAGACGUGGAAAUGCAUCGGCUUCAUCAUUCCAGUCACCAUCACCAGCAGCAGCGCAGUACGAUGGCAGACAAUCACCGCCGGCAGCACGCGGAACAACAACAGCCUAUGCAGCAAUCGCCUCCAAUCAACGAGGAAAAACUAACGACCGCUGAUUGAGAUAACACUGACCGGUGCCGAUAAGGGAAGGACGCCCUGCUGUGGUGGAGUGGAGAAUGUAUAAGUGCUUUUAUUAUCGUUCAAUCCAGGUUGGCGGUUGCGGUAGCCGCCCCACUGUUGAAUGAAAAACUUGACAGUGUAAUUGAUUCGACGUUGGGCACAAAAAAACUUCCGAACCUCCAUCUGAACAAUAAUAUUCUAUUGAUGAUUACAUAACAUGAGACGUCCUUCAAGAGAUAAGCAUUCGGAGUGAGGUUCGCAAAGCGCAGCCGUGCGCAUGGGAGGGUAAACACAUAGUAACAACUACCGAUAUGAAAAAAUGUAAUAUUAUUAUAUCCUAGAUUAGACACACUUCCAGAUUUCAUUCAUAGAUUUUUAGUUUAUUCUGUCGUUGGAAAAAUCAAUUCAACAUAAAUUUCUAGCAGGCAAAAGCCCCGCGCACGGCCAUGCCUCCACUAGAAUAUGAUAAUCGAUACCAAAAAAAAAACAACUGAAACUGGGGACAUAGUAUUAACGAACGACGCCUCAUCACUGUUUGCCUAAACAAUUAUCCGAUCAUCGUGACACAGGUUUUCCCUAUUUGCAGAUUGUGUAAUAUCUCCAAAAGAAUUGAACUUCGCUUGCUUCAAAUAGUACCCGAAACGUAUUAGCGACAGCGUCUGGAUACACUCUUUGCAAACAGGACGACGAAAAAUGUUUGUUCGAAAGGAUUGCCACCACAUUCGCCAAGCACAGCAAAGGCAUCCCGGAGGUGAAUCUGGUCGCGCUGGAUCCGCUCAUAAUCGAAAAGAUGG